CCCCCGCCGCCGUCCUCCCGUCGGUGGCCGUGGGAGGAUGCCGCCGGCGGCGCGGCGGUGAGCGCCCCGACCCCCCGCCGCCGCGCAAGGAGCCGACUCCCGGGCCAGCGACGGUUCCCCAUCGGCCGGAGGGCCGGGGCACUCCGGCGGGGAGCGCGCCUCGUCCCGGCCGCCCCGCGCCGGGGCCCCGUCCCGUCGGCUCCCAUCCCGGGGCCGUUCGGCCGCGGCGCGGGGGGGGGAUGGAGGAGGCCGCGGGCGGCCUGCCCCUGGGGGCCUUGGCGGCCGUCCUGAAGCACAGCUUAGUCGUGCCCGAGGAGAGCGCCCAGGUACGAGGCUACGACUUCAACCACGGGCUGGACUACCGCGCCCUGCUCAAGUCCUACAGCACCACGGGCUUCCAGGCGACCAACUUCGGCCAGGCGGUGCAGCAGGUCAACGCCAUGAUUGAGAAGAAACUGGAGCCCAUGGAGGAAGGGGAGGAGAACCAUGCCGACCUGAACCCCUCCCGGCGUCCUCGCAGCGGUUGCACCAUCUUCCUUGGCUAUACCUCCAACCUCAUUAGUUCCGGCAUCCGGGAGACCAUCCGCUACCUGGUGCAGCACAAUAUGGUGGAUGUCCUGGUCACCACGGCAGGAGGCGUGGAAGAGGAUCUGAUCAAGUGUCUGGCCCCCACUUACGUUGGAGAAUUCAGCAUGAAAGGGAAGGAGCUCCGGCAAAAUGGCAUUAACAGGAUUGGAAACCUCCUCGUGCCCAAUGACAACUACUGUAAAUUUGAAGAUUGGCUAAUGCCCAUCCUUGAUCAGAUGGUUCUGGAGCAGAACACUGAGGGUGUGAAGUGGACCCCAUCCAAAAUGAUCGCUCGGCUCGGCAAAGAGAUCAACCAUCCCGAGUCGGUGUAUUACUGGGCGCAGAAGAACAACAUCCCGGUUCUCAGCCCGGCCCUGACCGAUGGCUCCCUAGGGGACAUGAUCUUCUUCCACUCCUACAAGAACCCAGGCCUAGUGCUGGACAUCGUGGAGGAUCUGCGGCUCAUCAACUCCCAGGCUGUCUUUGCCAAGCGCACGGGCAUGAUCAUCUUGGGUGGGGGCCUGGUGAAACACCACAUCGCCAAUGCCAACCUCAUGAGAAACGGGGCCGACUACGCCGUCUUCAUCAACACGGCCCAGGAGUUCGAUGGCUCCGACUCCGGGGCCCGGCCCGACGAAGCCAUAUCCUGGGGAAAGAUCCGUAUGGACGCACACCCAGUCAAGAUCUAUGCCGACGCCUCCCUUGUCUUCCCCCUGCUCGUGGCUGAAACCUUCGCCCAGAAGAUCAAUGUGUUCACCACCGAGAAGAACAACGACUGACUCGACAGGCCUCUCCUCUCCCAGCUUGUCAGUCCCCCCCGGCCCUUGGCCCAAAAGAUCAACUAAGUCCACCACUCUUCCCUCGUUCCACGGACUCGGACCUGUCCUAUGCCUGCAAACUGCCUCCCUGCUCGCUCCAGCCUCGCCACCCCCACCUCCUCCCGAAUCACGGCUUCCGUACCUCCCGUCCCCAGCGCCCGUGCCUCGGAAGUCAUCAGUAAAGGACCCAGGCCAGCC